UGGACAGGGAUGUCACCAGACCCAGUUAACUGCCCCUGACCUGUUGCUUCAAGUCAGCUACCUUUGGGGAAAACCAGAAGAAAUUGCAAAUAGCAACUGUCACCCAAUUUCUGCACAAGGAUGAGCAAAUCUCCCCUGAGUAACAACAGAAAACUUCUCUUUUCUUUGAAAUUCUGUGUUUAUCAGAUUUACAACUGGGUAUAUAUUGCAAUGGGACUCCUGAGGGAUCAGCCAACUGUUUCUCCAGGGAGAAGAGGCAAGGAGCGGCUCAGCUGCCUGUUCUGACACUCUGCUUCAAGGAGAUCAAGAGCCCUUCACCUGAAAUCCUCCCGCCAUGCUGUGGCUGCUGCUGCUGCAGGUCUGGGCGAGCUGCCUCUGGCUGGGACACGGCGAGGUGGUGCCAUACUUUGAAAAUACAUGUGAUCAGUUUUUCUACCAGAAAAUGAUCGCAACAGAUGGCCUCCUGCCACAGAACCCAGCCUGGAUCUGCCAGACCUUCCAAAACCAGCGUUUCUAUGCCACCUUGUACGACAAUGAGAAUCGUAUUCCUGUAUACUCUGCUUACGUCUACAACCCUGUACCUGGAAAGAGAGUUACACCAGAAUGGAUGGUGGAGCCCCAGCUGAUCCGUGACACUUUGCCCGAAAAUAUGGAAACAGAGAAGACCCUCAGAGAAACUUACUCAGUCAGCCAAGAUGAUAUCAGCAAUAGCCAGGCUGUCUACCAAGACUACCUGCACCUUAUCAAUUUGGACCGUGGCCAUUUGAACCCCGCUGCCCAUCACAACACCCAGGACGGCAGGAACGCGACCUUCACCUUCACCAACGUAGUGCCCCAGGACACUGAGCUCAACAACGGCGCCUGGAACGUCUAUGAGCAGAAAACGAUGGCCAAGAAAAGCAAGAACUGUCAAACCACCUAUGCCAUUGUGGGGGCUGUGCCUGGGACCUCCUUCAUCUCCCAAAACAGGGUUAAUGUACCCAGCCACAUCUGGGCCAGUGCCUGCUGCAAGACCACCAAUAACACCGUGAUUGCUUGGGGAGCCAUUGCCCAGAACAAUGAGAACAAGGUCCGGGUCCUCAAGCUGGGGGCACUGGAGGAAAUGUUGGCCCAACUGUAUAACAGGGGAGCAGUUUCUCUGUUCCCUGUGGACUGUCCCCGUACAUAAGCCUCACAUCCCGGGUUGGGGGCUUUUCCCACAUGU